UAGCAACCCUGAUCUUUUGAUUGUUGAUAAAUAAAGAAAAAGGUCGCAUCUGAGAUCCAAAAUAAUCCAAUUGCUCGAGAUUGUUCAACCUUCCUACCGAAACAAGCCUCCCAAGACGCCUCCGGGUCAUAAAUUGGCUCUCUAACUCUCGUCCUCAUUCGUUCCUUUCUUCGCACUUGAUUGCCUUUCCAGCAUGAGUUCCAUGAGCACGGCGGCCUCCUUGUCCGCUGGCAAUGCCAGCCAGACUAGCAAUGGAAGUGGCGGGGCUGGCAGCGGCUCGUCCGGCAGCAAGUCCAACAAUUUGAUGGACACCCGCCAAGAAUUGGGUGAACUGGUCAAACGACGGGCCGAGAUUGCCGACACCUUGGCCAAUUUGGAGCGUCAGAUCUACGCCUUUGAAGGCAGCUACCUCGAGGACACACAUCUAUACGGCAACAUUAUCCGAGGCUGGGACCGGUACUUGACCGUCACUAAGACAGCGGCCAAGACCGAUAAGCGCAACCGAAAGUUCAAAGAAAACGAUCGACUCUUCUCCAAAUCGUCCAUUACAUCCAGUGCGGCUGUGAGCGGGUUACCUAAUGAAUCUACGCCGAAUAGCGGACACGGGCCAGACGGUCCCAGUCGACCUGAUGACACGGAUUCUCACGAUAACAGUGGCUCUGAAGAUAAUAAGGAACCUCUGAGUGGGUUGGUCAAGGCCACAGCAGCUGCCAACCCGAAAUCUUCAAAGAAGGCAUCCAAUAAGAAAGCCCGGCAUCGAUAGCCGGGUGUUUUUGACCAAUUCAAUCCUUACCUGUCUCUUCGUGCUUUUUUCGAUGCCUUCUAUUUGCCAUUUAGAAAAUAAUUAAACCUUCUCAUCGUA